AUGUCAGCCAGCAUCAGGAACUCAGUCAUUCUGACACACUGGGGCCUGACGGACAAUGAAGUGCGCUGCGACCUGAGCACUGAUAUCCGCAUGUACGGCUGCUGGGGGCGCAAUGCCAGGCUGUGGAAGGACAACCACCUGCCCUGCUUUGUGCCGGGCAAAGAUACAGUGGUGGCUAGCACAGCGGGUGACUAUGACAACUCUGUCGCUCCGUUCGGCUAUCAGGUAUCCCUGCUGGUUUGCAUACUAAUAUAUACGCUCUUCCUGCCAAGAGGCAAGGUGACAUGGGACAAGCAGUACACGCUGUUCUUUGCUGGCGGCGUCAGAUAUGACGAUGUGUCAUACAGCCAUGGGGUGAGGCAGACCCUCAUGAUGCUCUUCAGCCAGCACCCAGGCUUCAAGUUGAUUGACACUGGAGAGCGAGGAGGGUACACGCAGUACAUGGCUGACUUUGGCCGCUCCACCUUCUGCCUGGCAGCCACUGGUGCUGGGUGGGGUGUGCGCCUGAAACUAGCGCUCAUGCACGGCUGCAUCCCAGUCAUCAUCGCAGAUAAUGUUCAGAUGCCAUUUGAGGAUGUACUGCCGUACCAAGACUUUGCUGUCCAUGUACGCGAGCAUGCCUUGUACAGACUGCCUGAGGUUCUGGAUGCCAUCUUGAGCACGGAGGGCCUGGUAAAGCGCAUGCAGAUCAAUGUGAGCUGCAUUUGGCGGUACUUCACAUGGAGGGACCCUCAAGCAAGGGCAAUUGACGCCCUCAUCUGUUCACUGCGUCGGAAAAUGACAGGGGGCAGGCUCAUACCGGUCAUGGACUGGUCGACAUGCAAUCUGCAUUGCGAUGAGUAA